AUUUAAGUAUGAAUUCAGUAUUUAUACUACAGUGAAUGGAGGAGAAUUUAAUCUCUUUAAGAUUUCUACUUCAUUUGAUCUUUAUUUUAUAUUUUAAUUGAUCUAAAUGGUUAUAUUCGAAAAUUCUAAACAAAAUGAAGCUCCUUCUGGUGAUGUGGCAAAUGAUCACAAGAAUACCAACACACAUAUUGAAUCAUGUGAAGAAACGAUUAUAAACUUAUCAGUAUCAAACGACUCUAAUCACGAAAACUUUCAAAUAGCUGGUUCAAAUUCUCAGACUGAUCAUCGUUCGAACUAUUUCCGCAAUGAACAAUCUCCAUCUUCUGAUUCAUCAAAACUUACUAAUAUCAAUGUCAGAUUAAGUAUUCUUACCAGUUCAAGUUCCCCGAAACCAUUUAAAUAUACAUUGAAGCUUAUUCCUAUACCACAAGCAUUGAAUUCAACUUAUAUAGAAGGAGUAUAUGAAGUUAUUGACAAUGGUAAUAAAUCAUCCAAUCAAAUGUCAAAUGUGAAACAAAUGUCAUCAGAGAAAAGCUCAAAUGAAGUGGAUGAAACUUACUUACAUCUUGCAAAAGAAACUUGUGAUCAGCUAGACAAGCUAAAACCAAAUCGAAUUUUGAACACUGAAUCCCAUUCUCUGCCAUCAAAUUCUCUGAGAACUCAAACAAAGGUGGAUGAAACUUACUUACAUCUUGCAAAAGAAACUUGUGAUCAGCUAGACAAGCUAAAACCAAAUCGAAUUUUGAACACUGAAUCCCAUUCUCUGCCAUCAAAUUCUCUGAGAACUCAAACAAAGAAUAGUUCAAAUGAAUAGGAUAACAACCAGCUCAUUCAUUUAUCAACGGCAUUAUUUCUUGAUAAUUUAUUUCAAUUAUUUUCAGGUUUAUUUUAUUUUUUCAUAGAUGCAUUAGUUCUUCAGAUUGACGUACAUGAUAUAUGAUGCUUAACUAACUAUUCACCGUGAAUAAACAAUUUAUAUGAUGAAUUUAUUCGCUUUUAAAUGGUUCGAUAAAAGAGUAGCCAAAAGGAUUAUUAAUAUUCUAAGUAUUUAUCCUAAGGCGACAAUAAAGGGAAUUAGGGCCAAGAAAGGAUGAAAGGUUGGACGAAUAGUUUCUGCACGCAAAGUUCGGGCUUGAGUUCGUGGAUUACCAAUGCCUUAGUUCAACCUCUCAUUCUUCCUUGGCCGUGAUUCAAUAAAAUUUAUAAAUUGUAAAAUCCAUAGUUAGUAUUUUAGUGGCCCUUAAUCUGACUCCAAAUUGAUCGUUUCUGAUUGUUAUUGAAUAAUUGCUGUCAAAAUGUGAUUCAUGAAGAAUGAAUGAAUUGACUUGUCCAGAAGCGAGAAUAAGUUAUGUAAGCUUAACAUAGCAACCGACACUACAAUAUUCUAAGUUUUUGUUGCCGUACACAGAGGGUUGUCUAAACUCUCUCUCUCUCUCUUCACUCCAUUCUUGAUAACCGGUACACUAAGUAAAGUAUGUAAACUGAUGAUUGAAAAAUAAGUUCAAUCAAUUAUAAUAAUUGCUAUCAAUAGUUCAUAUGGAUACUUGGAUAUGAGAGUACUACUUAAAUAGGAGAGACUCACUAAUUUCAGUAUUUUGACUAUUGGAUAGUUUUUCUUUGUUUAAAUAACUUUGUAUUCAUUAGUGAGAACAAACCAGAACAAUUUAUAUGACAUAGGAAAUCUUUAUUUAGAAGAAAUCAAUUGCAUUGUAUUUGUCCUCAUCAGCUUACUAGUUUUGACUAUACGAAGGAACUGAGCUGAAUUAACUGACUGAGUUGUUUAACUAUCAAGAACUUAUCGGAAUUGAUUAUCUUAUUUUUAUGCUAAAAUUAUACUACUUGCUGUCAAUACGAACUAAUCACUUGCAGCAUGGUUAAUAUCUGAUGAAACUGUAUGUAUGCUUUGUAUUCGAGUAAAUCUCUUCAGUAAUAUACAAAAUGAGUUCAGAUUUGUAAGGGUUGUAUACAUUUUAUCCUUUAGUUAUUUCAUCAAUCUAAAAAGUAAUACAAGCUAAUAAAUGUAAAUCAUGGUCAGAAUCUAUAAUUCAACUAUUAAACGAAGUGAGAUUUUGUGGUACACUUUGGCAUGUUUACUAAACAAAUAAAACUAACGUUACUCUUCAACAAAGCCUAUCUGUAACCCUAAAAGUAAUAACAUUCAUCAAUUCAGAUGUCAAUAUGAAAGAGUAUCCAUCCCCUAAAUCCAGAGACGGAUAUGCGCUGUUGGAAAUUUUUGUUAUGAUAUAGGGCCAUAGUUCUAUCUAUCAGAAGAUACCUUUGAAUUACUUGACUAAUUUUAUAAAGAUCAGUGACGAAUAAGUGCUUUAUCUUAAAUAAAUAGAAGAACCAGAGAAAUGUGUCAAAUGUGAACAAUCAACAGAUCUACCAAUAGCAUUAAUAAACUGCCACUAUAUGAACUCGGUCUGACCCUGAUAUGAUUAUGCUUAGUCUAUUCGCCAAUUAUAAACGUGUACAUUUUUUUAUGAACAAGAGUAAGUUUCAUUGACUCAACUGUUGUGUGCUCUAGAUAUUGUUGUGUAUAUACCAUUUUUGUCUCCACUUUUUUUUCUGUUUCAUAAAUUGUAUUGAUCCCUGCUUUUGCACUGUGUUAAUUUUUGACUGUAGAAGCAAAUAAAGUUUUAUAAACGAAAUAGCUUACUUUUUUAACUUGACUCACUUCAAGACUUUGUGCUCGAUAGCCUAGGGAAUUCAUUAGAAUAUUCAACUAUAAAAAUGAUGUCUUACAGAGUUACGAACAGUGAUUUAUUCCUUUUUGAUUAACAAAUACACUUACAAUAGUUGAAAUCAUGAGUCAAUUGAAGCUAGACCACCAUGAAAAACCUGCAAGCACUGCACGGCCGUCUCGUCCUAAUAUGGGACUCCUCAGCAGUGCACAUCCACGACUCCACCCUGUGAGAUUCGAACCCAGGACCUACCAGUCUCGCGCGCCAGCGCUUAACCAUUAGACCACUGAGCCGGUAUCCGACGCUGUUAUUAUUAUUAUUAGUGGCUUUAUUCAAUAUUAUAGUUUUGGUACAAUAUAGAAUUCUCAGCACAGGUUAUUUCAACAAGUUACUUACGCAACAACAAAAGAAAAAACACAGUAACG